GCCCGCGGGACAGAUCGCAGAGAGCCGCCGCCCGGCCGGGCGUCGAUGAAGGUGGCCGACCCGCGCGGCGCCGGGAGUGAGCGGCGGAGCUGCAGGACCGCGGGGGACUCGCCAUGGAGGAGGAGGAUGUGAAGGAAGGGGGCGAGAAGCCUCAGGGAGCAAGGACGGCGGACAAGGCUGGCUGGGUCAAGAAGAGCAGUGGGGGCCUCCUGAGUUUCUGGAAAGAUCGAUAUCUGCUCCUCUGCCAGGCCCAGCUGCUGGUCUACGAGAACGAGGAUGAGCAGAACUGUGUAGAGACGGUGGAGCUGGGCAGCUAUGAGAGGUGCCAGGACCUUCGUGCCCUCCUCAAGCGGAAACACCGCUUUAUCCUGCUUCGGUCGCCAGGGAACAAGGUCAGCGACAUCAAAUUCCAGGCACCCAGCGGGGAGGAGAAGGAUUCCUGGAUCAAAGCCCUCAAUGAAGGGAUCAACCGAGGCAAGAACAAGGCUUUCGAUGAGGUAAAGGUGGACAAGAGCUGUGCCCUGGAGCAUGUAACACGGGACCGCGUGCGGGGGGGCCAGCGGCGCCGGCCACCAACAAGAAUCCACCUGAAGGAGGUAGCCAGCGCAGCUUCUGACGGGCUUCUGCGCCUGGACCUUGAUGUUCCGGACAGUGGGCCACCAGUGUUUGCCCCCAGCAAUGAUGACAGCUCAGACCAGCCCCGGGAGACACCCCGGCCCCCCAUGCCUCCGACGAAGCCUUCCCCAACACCCGAGACGACAAGCCUUAGUGACACGGUGGAGACCCCUGCGGGAGAGAGAGCCCCAGCUCCUGUCUCAGCUAGCUCUGAAGUCCACCCUGAGAGCCCAGAGGACUCAGAGACCCCAGCAGGGGAGGACAGUGGCUCUGAGCAGCCCCCCAACAGCAUCCUGGCCGACAAACUGAAGGUGAGCUGGGAGAACCCCAGCCCCCAGGAGCUCCCUGCUCCAGAGAGCGCAGAACCAUCCCAGGCACCCUGUUCUGAGACUUCAGAGGCCACACCCAGGGAGGGUGGGAAGCCUCCUACACCCCCGCCUAAGAUCUUAUCGGAGAAACUGAAAGCUUGCAUGAAGGCUUCUGGGCCAGCCCAGAGUCCUGGGGCCCCUGAGACCUCUGCCCCAGACCCGGUGCAGGUCUCAGUGAAUGGCGUGGAUGACAGUCCUGAGCCUGCCAAGCCAUCCCAGGCCACAGGAACUCCCCCAAAGGAUGCAAGAACAUCCACAGCACUGCCCCCUUGGGACCUGCCACCUCAGUUCCAUCCCCGCUGCUCCUCCCUGGGGGACCUGCUUGGGGAAGGCCCCCGGCGUCCACGGAAGCCUGGGGAACGGCUGUAUCGGGCCCAGCUGGAGGUGAAGGUGGCCUCAGAACAGACAGAGAAACUGCUGAACAAGGUGCUGGGCAGUGAGCCGGCCCCUGUGAAUGCUGAGACAUUGCUCAGCCAGGCCGUGGAGCAACUGAGGCAGGCCACCCAGGUCCUGCAGGAAAUGAGAGAUCUGGGAGAGCUGAGCCAGGAAGCACUCGGGCUAAGGGAGAAGCAGAAGGAGCUGGUGACCCUGUACAGGAGAAGUGCACCCUAGGGUCCACUGGGCCAGAGGCACAGUCCCUCCUGGCCACCUCCGUCCAUCAAAGCCCAGCCCUGCUGAGAAAUAUGCUUCUGCUCAGGCUGCAGAAGGGCCACUGGGCAUGUCAGGGUUUGGCCAGGACCGGAAGAGAC